AUGAGAUUUCUACAAAUUUUGAUGAUAUUAGUCUUAUUAUCAGUUUCAUGUGUUCUACCUUUACAAUCUGGUCGAAUACUUGAUUUAAUUCAACAACAGAAAAUAUUGGCACCAAAUGAAUUAGAAUUAGAUGAUCCACUAGAAUUUCAAAAACUGUUCUAUCGACCACGGAAACCAAAAGAUUCCGGAGAAGGAUACCAAAGAUAUUAUGGAAAUUUAAUGAGAUAUGGUCGUUGA